UGUGGGUGUCAUUAUCAGCUCCACUGAGCUACCGGAAAUAGAUUUUUGGCAUUGGUGAUGUCCGGCAUUAGCAAUGAGUCCCAGAUGCUGAUAGCAGGUUCCUAUAAGGUGUCAGGACGUGGCGGUGUAUUUCUCCAUGGAGGAGUGGGAGUAUGUAGAAGGACACAAGGAUCAGUACAAGGAUCAGGUCAUGAUGGAGGAUCAGCAGCCCCUCACAUCACCAGUCAGAUCCAGUAAGAGAACAGCACCAGAGAGGUGUCCCCGUCGUCUUCUUCCACAGGAUGAUCAGGGUGAAGAUCCGAACAAUAUUAAUGCUACAGAGACAGAUGUGAGCGGUGAUGAGCAGUAUAAGGAGAACUUACCUACAGAGAAGGAUCUGAUCUAUAUUAAUGCUACAGACAUAAAGGAAGAAGAAGAGACAGAUGUGAGCGGUUAUGAGCAGUAUAAGGAAGACAUUCCUUUAGGGAAAGAUCUGAUCUAUAUUAAUGCUCCAGAGAUAGAUGUGAGCUGUAAUAAGCAGUAUAAGGAAAACAUUAAUACAGGAAAAGAUCUGAUCUAUAUUAAUGCUACAGACAUAAAGGAAGAAGAGACAGAUGUGAGCAGUAAUAAGCAGUAUAAGGAAGAUAUUCCUACAGGAAAAGAUCUGAUCUAUAUUAAUACUACAGACAUAAAGGAAGAACAAGAGACAAAUUUGAGCUGUGAUGAGCAGUAUAAGGAGGACAUUCCUACAGAAAAAGAUCUGAUCUAUAUUAAUACUACAGACAUAAAUAAAGAAGAAGAGACAGAUGUGAGCGGUGAUGAGCAGUAUAAGGAGGACAUUCCUACAGGGAAAGAUCUGAUCUAUAUUGAUGCUAUAGACAUAAAGAAAGAAGAAGAGACAGAUGUGAGCGGUAAUGAGCAGUAUAAGGAGGACAGCCCCACAGGGAAAGAUCUCAUCUAUAUUAAUGCUACAGACAUAAAGGAAGAAGAAAAGACAUAUGUAAGCAGUAAUGAGCAGUAUAAGGAGGACAUUUCUACAGGGAAAGAUCUUAUCUAUAUUAAUGCUACAGACAAAAAGAAAGAAGAAGAGACAGAUGUGAGCGGUGAUGAGCAGUAUAAGGAGGACAUUCCUACAGGUAACCACCCAGAUUCUUGUAGCAGGAGAUCAGAGGAGAAUCUUAUAUCUUCAGAUUAUAAAGCAGAUGAUGAUAUCACACAAGAUACAUAUGAAGAACAUUCCAUUAUCCCAGAUACACCCUCAGCCCUUCACAGCCAAGAUCUGUCAUCUCAUCCUUAUAUACAGGUCCUGUCUUCUCAGUCAUCACAGGAUGUUCAGCUAAAUAAAGGUCACAGAAGGGGUGUUGGACAUGAAAGAAAUCACACAGGAAAGAAACCAUUUUCAUGCUCAGAAUGUGGGAAAUGUUUUACUCAGAAAUCAAGUCUUGUUACACAUCAGAGAACUCACACAGGAGAGAAGCCAUUUUCAUGUUCAAAAUGUGGGAAAUGUUUUACUUCUAAAUCAGAUCUUAUUGUGCAUCGGAGAACUCACACAGGGGAGAAGCCAUUUGCAUGUUCACAAUGUGGAAAAUGUUUCACUCAGAAAUCACAUCUUGUUGGACAUCAAACAACUCACACAGGAGAGAAGCCAUUUUCAUGUUCAGAAUGUGGAAAACAUUUUACAUCUAAAACGUGGCUUGUUCAGCAUCAGAGAACUCACACAGGGGAGAAACUGUGUUCAUGUUCAGAAUGUGGGAAAUGUUUUACUUCUAAAUCACGGCUUGUUGAACAUCAGAGAAUUCACACAGGAAAGAAACCAUAUUCAUGCUCAGAAUGUGGGAAAUGUUUUACUCAGAAAUCAAGUCUUGUUACACAUCAGAGAACUCACAAAGGAGAGAAGCCAUUUUCAUGCUCAGAAUGUGAGAAAUGUUUUUCUUCUAAAUCAGAUCUUGUUGUGCAUCAGAGAACUCACACAGGGGAGAAGCCAUUUGCAUGUUCACAAUGUGGAAAAUGUUUCACUCAGAAAUCGCAUCUUGUUGGACAUCAAACAACCCACACAGGAGAGAAGCCAUUUUCAUGUUCAGAAUGUGGAAAACAUUUUACUUCUAAAACAUGGCUUGUUCAGCAUAAGAGAACUCACACAGGGGAGAAACUGUGUUCAUGUUCAGAAUGUGGGAAAUGUUUUACUUCUAAAUCACGGCUUGUUGAACAUCAGAGAACUCACACAGGGGAGAAGCCAUUUCCAUGUUCAGAAUGUGGGAAAUGUUUUACUAAGAAAUCAAAUCUUGUUGAACAUCAAACAACUCACACAGGAGGGAAGCCAUUUUCUUGUUUAGAAUGUGUAAAAAAAUUUACUUCUAAAUCCCGGCUUGUUAAACAUAAGAGAGUUCACACAGGGGAGAACCCAUUUUCAUGUUCAGAAUGUGGGAAAUGUUUUACUUCUAAAUCAAAUAUUAUUGAACACCAGAGAACUCACACAGGGGAAAAACCAUAUUCAUGUUUAGAAUGUGGGAAAUGUUUUACUAAGAAAUCAACUCUUGUUGAACAUCAAAGAACUCACACAGGGGAGAAGCCGUUUCCAUGUUCUGAAUGUGGGAAAUGUUUUACUCGGAAAGCACAUCUUGUUAUACACCUACAGAAAUGUCUGUUUUCCAAAAUGCAAAUAGAAUCCAAAUAACACAUCUGUAUGUAUUGUCGUGCGGUAAGAACUCAAUUAUGAAUUAUGGUCAUAAAAUAUUAAUUAUGAAAAAUUAAAACAAUUGAAAAUUAUUAAAAAUAUCAAAAUUAUGACCUGGUGAAUUGUAGACAAAGCUAAUCAAUACAAUUCACUAGAGAUGAGCGAACUUAAAGUAAAU